UGCGCGCGUGUCAUCAUCAGCGGCCCAAACGUGCAGGCGCGUGCAGGCGCAGAGAAACACGCAGGGAGGCGCGCGCAUGUUCUGCAGACGUUCCUGCGGGAGUGAACGGGUUUAUGAGCGGGUGAACUGAGCGCUCUGUUGCUCCGCUGCUGCUGCCGCUACUGGGUUUCUGCACUGUCAGAAAUGGGAGCCAAUAACAGCACGCGCCGCGUGUCCUUCGAGUCAGACGAGAAUGAAAACGUAACGAUUGUGAAGGGCAUCAGGCUCUCUGAGAAUGUCAUCAAUCGCAUGAGGGAGUCCGCUGCCCCCCAAAAACAAGCAAAAUCACCUCCACCUUCUCCCGAAAGUCCACCAACACGGUUUGACCCUCCUAAACCCCUCCUAGAACCAUUCACUGUGCCUCAGCCUCCACCGGCUACUGAGCCAGUGGCCCCCCCUGCAGCUCCUCCACCUGUUGUAUCAACCCCUGUAGAGCCCGUUGCCUCCCCUCCCCCUGCACUCGCUCCCGCUUCUGAGCUUGCGGCUUCUCAACCUGUGGAAGUAAUUGCCCCCCGUUCCCCAGCUGAAUCAGUUCCCCCUGCUAUCUCCAUUGCUGAAGCUGUUGCUCCCCUUGCUGUAAAGGAACCUGUUGCUCCACCUCCACUCCCGCCAGUGGAUGAGAAAGAGUUGAGAAGAAAGAUCACGGAAGAGUUGCAGAAGGGUCUGGAAGAGGAGAGAAGCAAGGCACGACAGGACCUUAAUCAGUGGCUGGAGAAGGAAAAGGCCCAGGCGCACGCCAAAGCUCAUGCCGAUGCGCAGGCCCAGGUGCAGGACGAGGUGAGCAGGAUCCUGGCUGCAGAACGAGUGGCUUCUCAGGACAGUGUCCAGCGAGCCGUGCUGCGAGAGAGAAUCAGCACUGAAGACGAGCGUCUCCGAGCACAGCUCUAUGGGAUGGAGCGUAAGGCUAAGCAGCUGGAGGCGAGAGACCAGGAGCUGAGGAAGCAGGAUGCCUUCUACAGAGAGCAAGUAGCCAAGCUGGAGCAGAGGAGUGCCCAGUUCUACAAGGUCACCAAUGAGAACUAUCACAAAGCAGCGGAUGAAGUGAAUGCUAAAUUCAAGCGAUAUGAGAUUAGUCCUGUGUGUACCGACCUGCAGGGUCAGAUUCUGAAGUGCUAUAGGGAGAACACGGGGAAGACGCUGCUCUGCUCCAAUAUUGCCUCGCAGUACCUGCAGUGCGUCAACAGUGCUAAGCAGAAUAACAAGUUUGAAGCAUCACACUUAUGGGAAAAUGACCUAACAAGCUGAGGACCGGAGGCUAACGCUGAGUCCUGGAGGAGAUGGCAUCACCGUGUUUAGAGGAUGUUUCUAAAGGAGAGCAGAGGCACCACUGGAUACACACCUGACCCAGAGCAACAGUAUAGAAACCACAGCAACCACGGAGAUGGGACAAUCCUACAAACCCACCCAAAUCCCUCACUCCUUCACCCCUCUUUCCUCCCUUUUCUCCUCCCUCCGUCUCGUUCUGCUCCUCUAUUCCAGAGCAGUACAGUAUUGCAGAUACGAGAGCUUGUAGGAGGUGUAGUGAGAAGACUGUGCCGAACAGCUAGAACCAGAGAAUUCUUCUUUUCUCAGAACGGUUCUCCGUUAGGAUGAAUCUACCUGAGAUCCAGGUAGACAAACCAAAUGAAACCAAUCGCGAGCCUCAGAAAAGCCAGUAAGCUUCACCUUCACCCAGUAUUUCAUUCAUGUUCAACUUUAAAAACUUGGAACCUGGUAUUUCCUCAUCUUCUUUCACACAGUGAUUCUAGCGCUGCAGUUCUGUUGAUUCAUAUUUCAUGUUGGUGUUUUUAGUGCAAAGACUGCCACCGCCCACUUCACACACACACACAAACAUAAAAACACACACCUCCACACCCUGCUCCUCCUCACCUGAUGGCCAGCCAGCUCCUCAUGCACAAGCACACUCACCCACCCAUCCAUCCAUCCAUCCAUGCAUCCAGCCUCAGUUUCAGUUUGUUGUGUCCGCGAGUGUAAUUUUCAUUGUGUUUCUGCUUUAUUUCUGCUUUUCUUUUCUGUGUGUGAGAGCCAUCAAUCAGACUGCCUGAUCUGUCACAGAGAAUAAAGGGAUGAAACUGGAAACCUGAAUUUGUCCUAUCACUGUUCCAAAUAAAAAUACAACUAUGA